GAUCAGAGCCCAGCGGGGUGGCUAGGCUGGAUCAGACCCUGCCUAUGAACCACAGCAGAGCUACUCAGGGCAGACAGGAGCCUUAAGAUGGCUCAGGAAGCUGAUCUGCGAUCAGUGCGUCUGGAGGUGGAAGGCAUGACGUGUGGCUCAUGUGUCCAGUCCAUAGAACAGCGAGUUGGAGCACUGCCUGGAGUCGUCCACAUUAAGGUGUCCCUGGAGCUGAGGAGUGCCGCGGUGCUGUUCGACCCCAGCCUCCAGAGCCCGGCGUCUCUGUGCGAGGCGGUGGAGGACAUGGGCUUCGAGUCCAGCCCGCCGGACCCCAGCUCCGCCGAGCCGGUCCCCACGGAGACCCUGCUGCUGCCCACCCCGGGGCCGGGGCCCGGGGCCGCCCAGGAGGCCCUGGCCCGUCUGUCCCGCGUCCAGGGGGUGCUGGACGUCAGGGAGAGCGCCGGGGGUCUCUCCGUCGUCUUCGUGCCCUCCCUGACCACCGCGCCCCAGCUGGGGGAGGUGGUGACGGGCGUGGCCAUGGCGCCGGAGACCCCCGCCUCCGCCAGCCCCGCACGCCGCGCCUCCCCCCCCUCCUCCCCCCCCUCCCCCCCCUCCCCGUCCUCCUCCCUCUCCCCCCCGCAGCCGCCGCGCAGCACGGGGUCGGGCGUGGCGCUGGUGAAGCUGUCCGUCGAGGGCAUGACCUGCCAUUCCUGCACCACCACCAUCGAGGGGAAGGUGGGGAAGCUGAAGGGGGUGCAGAAGAUCAGAGUGGCUCUGGAGUCCCAGGAGGCCACCGUCGUCUACCUGCCCUACCUCAUCACCGUCCAGACCAUCAUCGACCAGGUGGCCGUGGCCGGCUUCAAGGCCGUCGCCCGGUCCAAGCCCCGCCCCCUGAAGCUGUCUCCCAGCGAGCUGGAGCGUCUGGUGGACGCCCAGCGGCCGACGGAGCCGCCGGAGCCGUCGGAGGAGGCGGAGGUCUUCGUGGACUUGGUUGCCGUGGCGCUGCGGGUGGGGGGCAUGCACUGCCGCUCGUGCGUGGUCAACAUCGAGGGCAGCGUGGGCGGGCUCCCGGGGGUGUCCUCCGUGGCGGUCUGCCUGGAGACGGGGAAGGCGUCCGUCUGCUACGACCCGCUCAGCGUCACCGUGCCCCGGCUGCGGCAGGCCAUCGAGGCCCUGCCCCCGGGGACGUUCACCACCCAGCUCUGGGGCGCCGGCGGGCCCCUGAGCGCCCCCGCCGCGUCCCGCUCCCCGGCGCUGUCCCAGACGGUGGAGGUCCGCAUCGAGGGGAUGACGUGCGGCUCGUGCGUGCGGUCCAUCGAGGGGACGCUCUCGCAGCGCAGCGGGGUGCGGUCGGCGCGCGUGUCCCUGGCGGAGCACCGAGGGACGUUCGAGUACGACCCGCUGCUCACCGGCCCUGAGGACCUGAGGGAGGCCGUGGAGGACAUGGGCUUCGACGCCUUCCUGACGGCGACCAACAGCCUGGUGCCGCUGGCCUGCCCCAACCCCCUGAUGAGCCCCGAGCCUCUGAAGGAGAAGGAGAAGGAGGCGGAGAGCGAACCCGAGAAGGAGGGCACGCCGGGGGGGAAGGGCGGCCCCCACUCCAAGUGCUUCAUCCAGAUCGGAGGCAUGACCUGCGCUUCCUGCGUGGCCAACAUCGAGCGCAACCUCAAGAACGAACCCGGCAUCUACUCGGUGCUGGUGGCCCUGAUGGCCAGCAAGGCGGAGGUGCGCUACAACCCCGACGUCACGGAGCCGCUGGACAUCGCCGAGUGCGUGCGGGAGCUGGGCUUCACCGCCUCGGUCAUGGAGAACUACGAGGGCUCGGACGGGAGCCUGGAGCUGGUGGUCAGAGGCAUGACGUGCGCCUCCUGCGUGCACAAGAUUGAGUCCAGCCUCAUGAAGCAGAAGGGGAUUAUCUACGUGUCCGUCGCCCUGGCAACCAACAAGGCGCACGUCAAGUACGACCCCGAGGUGACGGGGCCCCGAGACGUGAUCCGGUGGCUGGAGAGCCUGGGUUUUGAAGCUUCACUGGUGAAGAGGGACCGAACAGGAAGUCACCUGGACCAUAGCACUGAGAUACAGCAGUGGAGGAAGUCCUUCCUGGUCAGCCUGUUCUUCUGCGUGCCGGUGAUGGGCAUGAUGAUGUACAUGAUGAUCGUGGACCACCAGAUGCAGACAGCCCACCACCACAACGCCUCGGCCGAGGACUACGUCCACGACCACUCCUCCAUGUUCCUGGAGCGCCAGCUGCUCCCGGGGCUCUCCGUCAUGAACCUGCUCUCCUUCCUCUUCUGUGUGCCCGUGCAGUUCAUCGGCGGACGGUACUUCUACGUGCAGGCCUACAAGGCCCUGAAGCACCGCUCGGCCAACAUGGACGUGCUGAUCGUGCUAGCCACCACCAUCGCCUUCAGCUACUCGCUGGUGGUGCUGCUGGUGGCCAUGGCGGAGCAGGCCACGGUCAACCCCAUCACCUUCUUCGACACGCCGCCCAUGCUCUUCGUCUUCAUCUCGCUGGGCCGCUGGCUGGAGCAGAUAGCCAAGAGCAAGACGUCAGAAGCUCUUUCCAAGCUGAUGUCACUGCAGGCCACAGAGGCGACCGUGGUCACGCUCAACAGUGACAAGUCUGUCCGCAGUGAGGAGCAGGUGGACGUGGAGCUGGUGCAGAGGGGCGACGUGGUGAAGGUGGUCCCCGGGGGGAAGUUCCCCGUGGACGGGCGCGUCAUCGAGGGACACUCCAUGGCGGACGAGUCUCUCAUCACAGGCGAGGCCAUGCCGGUCACCAAGAAGCCGGGCAGCACGGUGAUCGCCGGCUCCAUCAACCAGAACGGCUCCCUGCUGAUCAGCGCCACCCACGUGGGCCUGGACACCACCCUGUCCCAGAUCGUCAAGCUGGUGGAGGAGGCCCAGACCUCCAAGGCUCCCAUCCAGCAGUACGCCGAUAAGAUCAGCGGUUACUUCGUGCCGUUCAUCGUGGUCGUGUCGCUACUCACGCUCUGCGCCUGGAUCCUCAUCGGCUUCCUCAACUUCCCUCUGGUCCAGAAGUACUUUCCGGGCUACGACAAGAGCAUCUCUGAGGCGGAGGCGGUGGUGCGCUUCGCCUUCCAGGCCUCCAUCACGGUGCUGUGCAUCGCGUGCCCCUGCUCGCUGGGCCUGGCCACGCCCACCGCCGUCAUGGUGGGCACGGGCGUGGGCGCACAGAACGGCAUCCUCAUCAAGGGGGGCGAGCCCCUGGAGAUGGCCCACAAGAUCCAGACGGUGGUGUUCGACAAGACCGGCACCAUCACCUACGGCGCCCCCGAGGUGGUGCAGCUGAAGAUCGUGGUGGAGGCCAACCGCAUGCCCCGCUCCCGGCUGCUGGCCGUGGUCGGCACGGCGGAGAACAGCAGCGAGCACCCGCUGGGGUCCGCCAUCACCAAGUACUGCAAGCAGGAGCUGGGCAGUGAGUCGCUGGGCGCCUGCUCCGACUUCCAGACGGUGGCGGGCUGCGGGAUCCGCUGCCUGGUCAGCAGCGUCGACAACCUGCAGAGGAGCGAGGACGACAACAACCAGCGCAACGGCAUCCUGGUGCAGAUCGGAGACGGGCGGACCCCCACCGCGGCCCACCCCCUCAUCAUGGACCCAGAGCCCCUCACCCUUGUCCAGUCAGCCUCCUACACCGUCCUGAUCGGGAACCGCGAGUGGAUGACGCGCAACGCGCUGCCCGUGCUGCCCGACGUCGACGAGGCCAUGGUGGAGCACGAGCGCAGCGGACGCACCGCGGUGCUGGUGGCCGUCGACGGCCUGCUGUGCGCUAUGAUCGCCGUGGCCGACACGGUGAAGCCGGAGGCGGAGCUGGCGGUCCGCACGCUGAACCUCAUGGGCCUGGAGGUCAUCCUGAUGACCGGCGACAACAGCAAGACGGCCCGGGCCAUCGCCGCCCAGGUGGGCAUCAGGAAGGUGUUUGCGGAGGUGCUGCCCUCCCACAAGGUGGCCAAGGUGGAGCAGCUGCAGCGCUCGGGGAAGCGGGUGGCCAUGGUGGGCGACGGCGUCAACGACUCCCCCGCCCUGGCCAUGGCCGACGUGGGCAUCGCCAUAGGAACGGGCACGGACGUGGCCAUCGAGGCGGCAGACGUGGUGCUGAUCAGGAACGACCUUCUGGACGUGGUGGCUAGCAUCGACCUCUCCAUGAAGACCGUCAAGAGGAUCCGCAUCAACUUCGUCUUCGCCCUCAUCUACAACCUGGUCGGCAUUCCCAUCGCGGCCGGUGUGUUCAUGCCCGUCGGUCUGGUGCUGCAGCCCUGGAUGGGCUCCGCUGCCAUGGCGCUGUCGUCCGUCUCCGUGGUGGUCUCCUCCCUGCUGCUCAAAUGUUACGCCAAGCCCACCGCGGAGAAACUGGAGGCCCAGCUGGGCAACGUGAAGCGGCGUCCGGGCAGCCUGUCGGACGUCAGCGUCCACAUCGGCAUGGGCGACCUGCGGCGCGCCUCGCCCAAGCUCAGCCUCCUGGACCGCAUCGUCAACUACAGCCGCGCCUCCAUCAGCUCGCUGCGCUCGGACAAGCUCUCCAUCCACAGCCUGGCGCUCAGCGAGCCCGACAAGCACUCGCUGCUGGUGGGGGAGUCGCUCUGCGACGAGGAGUUUGUGUAGACCUCGACGGGCGGCGGAGUCGAGCGUCCGACCGGAGGACGAAGGGCGCCAGGGCGGACCGCCGGCGCCGCCGGUUAGUAUGUUGGUGGGGGUCAGACGGCCGUCUCGUCUGCUGCGGGUUUAGGCCUACCGCGACGGGGUGCCUCGUCCCCCGGUAGAGGGGUAGAGGCGGUAUGGGGGCGGCGUCGUAACCCUGAGUCUAGCUUCCACAGCAGGGAGCCGGGAGCCCAGAGCGGUCCGACCAAAAGGUGACGCUCACCUCGUGGCUUUGGGGGCCCUGCGCGUACCACCCUGAUAUCUCUCUCUAUCCAAAGACACACUGGGCGGCCUCCUGAGGGUGGGAACGGAGAAAUGUUAUACCAAUACUGUAUAUUAGAAGAGAGUAUUUAUAUCACCCUUAUUUAUCAAUUUUGUUUUAUGUGUCGGAAAUGAAGUAAUAUUUGUUAGUACAGAUGCCUUUGCUCGAUUUCUAUGUUCCAAAAAAGGAAGAAGUACCUACCUAUGAAUCAUGUAAAAGUCUAAGAAGUGAUGAACUUGCUUUAGACUUCUUUUAAUCUUGAUUUGAAAAUGAGGUGUGAUUUACAUAUAUCCUAAGUGCCAGUUUUUUAAGCCGCCACAGCUAUCAACACAUUCCAAAGAUUACACCACGGCGACCAGUGGGAACCAGGUUCCUUGAACUGAAUGUGCAGAAACUCAACCUUUCUGUCGGUAACUUGGCCUUCCAGUAGCAGGAUGUUAUUCCGUAGUGCCACGUGUGAGCAUUGAGCCUUGAGCCUGAAGCAGACGCCUUUGUAGAAGAAAACGUAGGACAAUCGUUCAAACCGUAGCCUUGAACUAGAGGCUUGGGAUUUCAUUUUUUCCCCCCUAGACCGCUUUCAAUGCUGUAUUCCUUCAAAGAAUGUGAUCAUUCACUUUGAAUAAAUUGAAGCUCCAUCAACAUUUUAUCAAAGUAUGCAACUGGUUUUUUGUAACGUACAUAAAAUCAUUUCUAUUUCUAUUGUUUAUCAAACUUUCUCUUGUCAGUGUCCCCUAAACCCAACAGUGCCAUGUGUGAAAGAAAGAAAAUACGCAUUUGUGUUCAUCUUAAAGAUUCAAACAAAUCAAAAUAGUGUACAGUUUUCAUUAUCAACGUGUAAUUUUGCCCCUACUGCUGAUAAUUGAAAAUAGGUUUUGGUUCAUGGGUUAAAACUCAGUAGCAAGACAGAACAGAUUUCCAGGUCAGCGCGAGACUAUUCAGCCUUAAGGUGAUUUGUCUCAAACUUGUUUGACGGGGUCUAUUUAGGAAUGGCAUGGUCCACAUAUUAACACUACAAGAUACUCCGGCGGUUGUUUGAAAUUCCUUUUCAUCUGCAAUAUAGAGUGAUACUGCUGUAUGGAGAGUGCCUACUUCAUGACGUAUAUUCUGUUUCUCUAACCGAGUCAGCGGUAGGUCCGUACCGAAACACGCUAAUGAUGCGCUAUGUCCGUGUUAGAAGUGUUUUCUCGUGUUAGUCAUGUUGUCCAUAUUUAUAUUUUGAUGUCUUCAAAUAAAGGUUUAUUCUGCCAUGAGUUAUUUGCGUGAGAUUGUGAAGAGUCAAGAAUGUGAAGUUGGCAUCUCCUUCAGUAGGCUACUGGUAACUGCUGCUAAUAGACUCAUGUUUCACCACUUUUAUUGAAUCCAUUCAGCCUAACUCUAAAACCAUCUGGAUGUAGUGCAUGACAAAUACCAACACACCAUCUCAUCAAACAAAAUAAAAACAUGUUCACUAUCAAUCUGGCUGAAGGGACAGUUGAUGCAAGGUAGCUACAUUGUUAAGGGAUGUUCAUUGAGUGGGUUAAAUAAGGUUGUGGGAGAGUAUAGGGGGCACUCAGAAAGCCUACCAGACGGUUGGCUAUCAAAAACAGAAAACAUAGCCUUAUUAUCACUGAUAAUCUGCUCCAAUUUGCUCAAUGAUUAAGGGCAGGCCUACUACGUCAGAGCCAUGAGUGUUCAGAUUCUUGAUUUAUAUUAUGAAGUUCAGAUUUACAGCAUUUUAGAUCUCUUCCAACAUUGUGCUUUGAGCGAUGUACAAUCCAGUAGGCCGUGGUAUUCAGAUGAAACACUGCCGUUUUUAACAACAUUUUGAAAAUGCUACAUUCAUCCACAAAGACACUGGAACAACAAGCAUUUAUAUACCAUAUACUCUAGAGAAUAAACCCCAAUUUAGUCGAUUCUCUGAAAUGAUUAUUUGAAAUAAUCGAAUACACCGACAUAUGCAAAUAGAUCAUUCUUAAUUAUACAUUAAUACACCACAAAUACACAGAAUGUUGCAAGCAAAUUAAGUACUUUUAGAUCAUUAAAACACAAUUGUCCCAGCCAAGUUAAUUUGUAUCCCUGCACAUUAAUACUGUGUAUCUGUUAUUACUAUUCAUUGAAAAUACUGUUUUUCAUAAGGUUUCACCUGGCUUCCUUAGAAUGGAUAUCAUAUACUAUAUUGGCUUGGUUUUGUGUUUCACAAGUAUGAGGACAAAGAACACGAAGGUCACCUUCAUACACCAAACGAAGCUAAACCGUCACAAACUGAGCUACACCGUCUUACUCUGGGAAACAAAGGACCCGAUCUCGUCAUGCAUGUCUUAGAGACUUCAGAUUAUUUGUUGCAAGAUAGAGAAGGUCCACAUACUUCCAUUAUGUUGCAUCGUUCAGUAUUUGUGGUCCUUGUGUUGUCCCCUGUGCUUUAAUUGAACCAUGAGCUCAUCGUAUGCUUUUCAGUGGCGCAGAAAAGCACAGGAGUUCUCCUGUCUCUGGGAAAUCUCAAAUCCUCCCUCAUAAAUCCUCUUAAAUGUCACACAGCUGUACAAUGGCAACGGUCAUGACACCGGCGGGCUUAAAGGGGAGAGGUAAAAGUUACCGAAUGCUUUGUCAACGUACAGAAAUACAGAUAAAAAAAAAAAUGGAUGAGCAUUGCGACAGUUCACGUGUGAAAAUGAAAACAUGGUCAAGGUCAAUAGAGCAAUGAUGUAGCUAACUGUCCUAAGACUGGCAUGGACUCAGAGAAGCGUGUGGUAUGGUGCACUGAUGCCCGCUGGGGUUUGAUCAUGCAUGUUUGGCAUUAAUUACAGCAAGAUGUCAGAUAGCACCCUGUUGGUCUAAGUCACUACCAGCAUAGCAUCACAUUGUGUAGGGAGAAUCCCAGAAUAUUGAUUUAUUUUCUUCUUUAAGAUUCUAUCCUCAGUAAUCCGAAAGCCCCAACACUUGUGGCAUCACACAUUUGGCGAUUUACUCUUAAUUGUGGUUUUGAAAUGGCACUGACAUGAGGAGGUUGUGUGUGUUGAGAGGUAAAUCGGGAGUGUUGAGUUUUGGCAGAUGCAUGGAAUGGGAAGAAGAUCUCAACUCAACGAAGGUUUGAGUCCCUCAGGAACAGCUGAACGACGUAGCACUAUGUUAAGAGAAGUAAAACAAUGAUUUGGCACCGACACCUGAACAAGUCACAGACUGAAACUGUACCGUGAAGAAUACAAAAAUAAUAAUAAUCAUCACCACGAUAACCACUUUCCACUACAACCGCCAUGAAAAACAUCAUUUUCAUGAGGUCCGGCAUGACGCAAAUGUUCCCCAAUGUAAUUUUACACAAUCACCCAACCACAGAGCAGGAUCUACAAAAAAGAAUCUCCUAAAAAUGACUAGAGUAGACAAAU